AAAGGCCCUGCCUCCUCUGUGAAGUAACAGUUCGUGGCAAGACAAGCCCAGAACCAAGACGCUGUCAUCACAGGUGUCUGCAUCCCUGCUCCGCGAGGCCCUUCCCCAGCCUGCCGUGCGGAGCCGUGUCCACUCCCCUCCUCACGCCAGCAUCGCUGUAUCACCGUCAGACAUUCCAGAUGUGUCCCCACCAGAAGGGGUGUUCCUGGACAAGGGGGACUUCGUGUCCUCUGCUGUUUUUUCUACCUGGGAUACGACGGACUGAGCUCAGCACGUGGUGUGUGCUCGGUGACACAGGGGUGGCCUCCAUCCUAAUCGGCUCCGGCUCCUGGGUUGUUUUCUUGUUUAAAGAUUUUUAUUUUCUUGGAGGCUGGAGCCCACCCUGAGGCCAGCCCCGUCCCGCCAGGAUGGUGGACACAGAGAGCCCGAUUUGCCUCCUCUCCCCACUCGAGGCUGAUGAUCUGGAAAGCCCAUUAUCCGAAGAAUUCCUGCAGGAAAUGGGCACCAUUCAAGACAUCUCUCCAUCCAUUGGUGAGGACAGUUCCGGAAGCUUCAGCUUCACAGAGUACCAGUAUUUAGGAAAUGGCCCAGGGUCAGAUGGAUCCGUUAUUACCGACACCCUCUCCCCGGCUUCGAGUCCCUCGUCCGUCACUUACCCCGUGGUUCCUGGUGGCACUGAUGACCCUUCCAGCGUAGCGCUGAACAUUGAAUGUAGAAUCUGUGGGGACAAAGCCUCGGGCUACCAUUACGGAGUCCACGCGUGUGAAGGCUGCAAGGGAUUCUUUCGGAGAACGAUUCGGCUAAAGCUGGUGUACGACAAAUGCGACCGGAGCUGUAAGAUUCAGAAAAAGAAUCGGAAUAAAUGCCAAUACUGUCGUUUUCACAAGUGCCUUUCGGUUGGGAUGUCCCAUAACGCGAUUCGUUUUGGACGAAUGCCAAGAUCUGAGAAGGCAAAACUGAAAGCAGAAAUCCUCACGUGUGAACAUGACCUAGAAGAUUCGGAAACCGCGGAUCUCAAGUCUCUGGCCAAGAGGAUUUACGAGGCCUACCUGAAGAGCUUCAACAUGAACAAGGUCAAGGCCCGAGUCAUCCUCGCGGGAAAAGCCAGCAACAACCCACCUUUUGUCAUCCACGACAUGGAGACGCUGUGUAUGGCCGAGAAGACGCUGGUGGCCAAGUUGGUGGCCAACGGCAUCCAGAACAAGGAGGCAGAAGUCCGCAUCUUCCACUGCUGCCAGUGCACGUCCGUGGAGACCGUCACGGAGCUCACGGAAUUCGCCAAGUCCAUCCCGGGCUUCGCCAGCUUGGACCUGAACGAUCAGGUCACCCUGCUGAAGUACGGGGUUUACGAGGCCAUAUUUGCUAUGCUGUCUUCUGUGAUGAACAAAGACGGGAUGCUGGUAGCCUACGGAAACGGCUUCAUAACCCGCGAGUUCCUGAAAAGCCUCAGGAAGCCGUUCUGCGACAUCAUGGAGCCCAAGUUUGAUUUCGCCAUGAAGUUCAACGCGCUCGAGCUGGACGACAGUGAUAUCUCCCUCUUCGUGGCUGCUAUCAUUUGCUGCGGAGAUCGGCCCGGCCUCCUGAACGUGGGACACAUUGAGAAAAUGCAGGAGGGCAUUGUGCACGUUCUGAGGCUCCACUUGCAGAGCAACCAUCCCGACGACGUCUUCCUCUUCCCAAAACUCCUCCAGAAACUGGCAGACCUGCGGCAGCUGGUCACGGAGCACGCGCAGCUGGUGCAGGUCAUCAAGAAGACGGAGUCGGACGCGGCUCUGCACCCGCUGCUGCAGGAGAUUUACAGGGACAUGUACUGAUGUCCUGCCCGUGAACACAGAAGAGGAAGUCGUGCAGGGUUUCUGCCGGCGACAGCACGACGCGUGAGCGGUGGCGGCGGUGCGACUGUGCACACGCGGCCACACUUUAGCCUUACACGACGGGAGUCUGGGCUCCGGGUAACCGAGUCCUGUUCCACGUCUCUGUCUUCUUUUAACCAGUACUUCUGAGCGCGUGCAAAGUAUUGAAAUGCCGAUGGUAGGCGGCUGACAGUCCGGACUUGGAAAAUUAAGAAGAGUGAUGUUCAGCGGUCCGAUUUUAACACACCUGAUGUUAGUUAAUCAUCACAGGUUUCUUUACAUCAUGUUCGUAAUUUGCCGUCACGUUAGCCUCAGAACUUGCGCUCUGUCUUCCCUUUUCGCCACCUUUUGACUGUCGUGCUCCUUUCUAAUUUGGAAAACUAAUCAGCACUUUCUAACUUUCAUAAUCCUGUGAGUCUAGGUGCAUCCAAAGGUUAGGCGUUUUAGAAGCAGCCAAGUAUUUAUUUGGAAGACUUCGAUUAUGUUCCCUGAACUUGAAGAAAGGCAACAUGCUGGGCUUUUUUCACCAUAGGAUUUAGGAUUCCGAGAAUUCUCUGAUAAGCUGUGCGCAGGCGGGGUGGCUUUGUUUCAGUGUGCUGCUUUCCUGCUUAGGGCUGAUACGUGGAGAAGUCUAUCCCCAGGUUUGUGUAGAAGGUCCCGGAAGCCGGUCUCAGGCCCCUCUGGACUUGGUUCUUUGCCGUGUGAAGCUAGCGUCUGUGGUUGGCAGGGACGAGACAGACUGAACGUAGGUCAGCUUCCCAUUCCUCUCACCUCGAUUCCCCCUCAAAUCUGAACCAGCCCAGUCAGGCUUUUGGGGGCCAUGGGCGUGUCUUCAGGGGCAAACUGACAAAUGAUUUGUAAAUGUUGCUCUGGGCCCCCUGCCCCCAUCAAGGCAGCUCUGUGGUCUUUUUCUAUGUUGCUUUUGAAAUAUGCAGCUUUAUUAUUUUUUUUAAACACUUGCUGGUGGUAGCUGCUUCGUGGAGAGAAGAUGUGGCAGAUGUGAGUUCAUGGCGUGGCUCGGGGGGUGGGCAGGGGUCUUAUCCGGAGAAUGGUGCCGGGUGGAGGGGUGGGGUGAAUCUCAGGAUUCCUGACAGGCUGGUGGUUUCACAGAGACGGAGAGUUGUCUCCUCUUCCAACUACGUGCGGAAGGGGCUUGGCCCAGUAUCUAAAAUAGUUGUUUCAGCCUUAAAGAGCAGCUCCUCAGCCUCGGUCCAGUUACGAAAGCAGUGUUGUUUAUGGGUGUGUCUCAGAACACCUGGACCUGGAAAGCCUCUCUGUCCGCCGCAGCAGACGAACUGUCCCGUCAGAGGGCUUGCAGCAGGGCCUCCCCCCGAGCCAGACGGGCUGAGCCUGCAGGCUCCGCUGACUCUGCAAGGUCCCUGGGCGCCUCCUGGACUGACAGCACUUACGGCCUGGUUGUACCUUAGCUCCCUCCCCCUUUAUCUUUGAGGAAUUCGGUUCUGUAAGGUCAUUGUUACUAUUUGCUGUUGAAGAGUGACUAGGAUGGAAUUUGGUUAAGUUCCCAAGAUCAGCAUCACUACAAGCGGAACUGUGAGACCUCAACUAGAAAAAAGCAAAGGUUACAAUCAGGAUGUCCUUUUGACAUAACACAUGUAGCGAUGUUUUUUAUCUUCAUUUUUUAAGAUAUAUCCAAUCAAAGGAUCUGUUGGAAGCAAACAAAGGCAUUUCCUCUUUAGAAUGACACCAAUCACGGGUCUCCCUAAGUCAGAAGGGCUUUGAGUCACGUGGUGCAUCCAUUUCCUGUUCUCUCCUAAAGUGCGACCUCCCCGGGCUGGGAGCCUGGCGGGCUGUGGCUUGCUGCAGGUCUCCGGUCGCGGACUGGAUUCUGGGGCCAGGCGUGUGUCGCCUCUCGCUCUGGUGUCCAGGGACAGAUCCACUCAAAUGGACGCGACUUCGGAAAGUGAACCUUGAGACGCAGGCUUUCAGAAAAGCUGUCCAUCCUGUUUAGAUCCUCGUGAAGCCUACGUAAAACAGCUCCCAGUUUAUACUGGCCGCAGGAGCAAGCCGACGGGGGCCCAGGCGCUGCAUCGGCCGCGUCAGUGAGCCUCGGCCUCUCCUGGGGCCCAGCCAGAGUACCCGCCGCACCCCUGGGGAAGCCACAGAGGAGGCCACAAGCGACCUCAGUGUGAAAGUCACUUGACCUUGUUCCCUUGUUAAUAAGAAGAAAUUCGUUUUGAACGACGGUGUCACUGAUUGCCACUCGGAAUAUUUUGGGCCACCUAAUCCAAGAUUUCUCAGAGCACUGAUAGUCAAAUAUGAACGAGUUAUUCACCAGGCCAUACACGGUAGUACUUCCAAUAGGAACUUUAAGGGGUACACGGACUGCUGGCUGGGCUUCAGUGGACAUCGUCAGCAUCAGCGACAACGGAAGCGUUGCAGCAGGUUCCAGGUGCUUCAACCAUGAGUGUGGAGCCCGCUGCCCCGGUGCUGGACACAGGACGUGGGGGCCCCCUUUGCACCACCCUGAGCCCACCUUCAAGUCGCUGUUUAAACCUGAUUCUUCAUGUCCUCGCCUGUCCUAGCACAGAGGGCUGAACUCCCCAGAGACCACAGGUUACGGGCAGCCUCUGUCUCCAGUGCUGACGGGAAAGAGGGAUGAGGGGCUCGCGGCGCCCCUCCUCUGCCUCCUGGGCAUUUCCAGUUGGAGCCCCCCACACUGAGUUCUGCACCGGCCACCCCACGAGAGGCCAGAGGGCUGCACAUGCAGGGAGUUGUUUUGGUGACAUCCGGUAUUGUCAGAAACCGGGUCCCCUCCAGCCGUCAGUGGGUGCGGGAUUUGGGAGCAGCUUGAAUUUUGCCGGAGCUUGGGAGCCCCUCCUUCCUUCCCGCCUUGUCUCCGGGUUCCCUGUGACCUUCCUACAGCUCUCUGGUGCAAUGAGUUUAAAGCAUCUUCCCAAAGAGGAUGGGGGAGGAGGGUCUAGGUCAGAGGUAGAGCGUGUGCUCACCACACACGAGGUCUUGGGUUCAAUCCCCAGGACCUCCAUUAAGACUAACUAACUCAAUAAACCUAAUUACCUCCCCUCCCGAAAAAAAAAAAAGAUACACGCACACAAAUAAUACCUGUGAACGGAGGCGAAGGGAUCUCCAUGCAUUCAUGCCUAUGAGAGCUGUCCCUCUUAAAGGGCCUCCUCCCUUUCCUCCUAUAAGCAUAGCACGCAGCUUUCCGCUGGAGCGAUGUGUUUCUUUCUGCAGUAAAACUACAGAAGCAGGUGGCCUCGAGGACCGUGCGGAGGUUCCAGCCCCAGGGCAGCAUCCUAAGAUCCGAGCAGAAGCUCAAGGCACAAGUAAGAUCCUUUGUUUGACAUAUGAUGAUAAGUAAACCAUUAAUUCAGCAGCUCCUGCUUCCCCAAGCCUGCAGCGGGACAGCCACCUCAGGAGAGCUGUCAGAGGCACUGUUAAAAAUCAAGGUGCAUACAAACGCGGGGGCUUUCUGGUGCGCCUCUAGUCUGACCUGAGCUGAGGGCUCAGGCUGUAUGCUCACUGCCGCUGUGUGCGCUGAGACACGAAAGUUUACAGGACUCUUCAGGGGAACUUCUGUUGUUUGAAGGGAGCCUUACAGACACACACGUGCAGAAGUCGCUGCGCGUGAGCGGUACCCGGGUUUAGGAGAAACGGCAGUGGUCCCGGCUUGCGGUGACCUGCCCUCCGAGGCCUCCCGCCUCCAGCUGUGCCUGCUGGCCAUGCGUAAGCCUGUUUGUUCAUGGAGAGAUCCUGGCAGGUGAGGAUGGAGAGAGAUGCCUUCGUGCAAGCCUCCAUCAGGCCAUGGCUUUCCAAAGCCUCUCCGCCCCACAGUUGCACCUGCGCCUGGCUCCGGGCGUUUCCAGCCUCUGGCUCCCGUUUCAAACCACUGGGAUGCCGGGCACGUUUGGUAACUAUGACCAGAUACACGAUGGAGAGGUUGUGUGUGUGUGUGUUGACCCAAUGACCACAUCUGUCUCUGGAAUGUCUUUAAAACUCCUGUUUAAAUAUGAAUCCAUUGUUUCAACCAGCAAGUCCAGUGCUCCCAGCUAAGACUGACUUGACCACCAGCUUGGCCUUUUGUGGGGGCUUCCAGGGACCCAGGGAGAGCCCGGCACCCUCAUAGUACCUCUUCGACCCGUGUUGCCUUUCAAAACACAGAUCCCGCAAGGAAAACAUGUCAGGUGCUCCCAGCUACCCACCUAGGCUGUCAACGCAGGUUCCUGCUGUCUCCUCCAGGUCUCCGCCCCAUGAUGGAAACACCUGGGCUCGGAUGAAGGUUCUCCUGGCGGUGCAGGUUUGGCCCCAGGUCUAGCGCAUUUCCACCACCUCCGGGUUCCUGCGGGUUAGCCUGGGCCACCUGGAGGGGUUACUUGCUCUUAAAUUCACAACAGUGGUGUCAACUCAGGAGAGGUCAGGAAAUUAUACCGUCCAUAGAAGUCACAAGAUAAGGUCGAUGCCAUCAACUGAGGGCUUACGGAUUGUUAUAAAGUGUCCGGGGAGGACCUUCUCCACACUCACCGUUUGUACGGCACUGGGAGGCGGGCGCUGGCCUUUUCCAAAGCCAGGUUAUCUGUAUUUGUUCAUCUUCAAAGUGGCCCCGCUUCUCUUAAAUCUUGGUCCAAGCUGACUUAUGGGCUCCCCUGGGAUUAAGGAUUCUUACCAACCAAGUCUGCAUCAAGCGGUCAGCUAAGGGGAAUCUUGCCUUCCUGACAGCAGUGACCUUCAGAUGGCACAGCCUGCCUACAGCAGGAGGGCCCCGCGGACCGCUCAGCGGGGCCGUGACGGUAACCAGGCUGCCCGAACGGUGCUGACCGCGCCUCCUUACCUGGGCUCUUUCCGCCUUACCCCGGUAAGGACUGUCCCCACAGCAAGAUCUCCUCUGGGGACCUUCUGCCCGGACAGAUCUAAGACUCGGCUCCAAAGGUGAAGUCUGUCUGCUUUUAGGUGCCGUUUUAAUACAAUUCAGGGACGUGGCCAUCGACCCUCAGCCUGUGAAACACACUAGAAUGAGAAUAAAGGCCAGAAAUCGGUCUGACUCAGAACACAGGAGACCCCUCUGUUUCCCUGGAAACUACAAUACAAGCUAAAAUGUGAUCUUGGAAGUUUUGUUAAGACAAAAGGGAAAAAAGACAGUUGAGUCUUCACGCUUCCAUUUCAAACGUUAAGUAGUGCUUUCUGUUCGGCUGUUUUCCUGGGACACGGCAGGUCCUCGAGCUGCAGAGGGGGCCGCUGUGGGCGCCACCUGGUCACUGGAGCAGAAAGUGAGAGGUGCCGCCCCGGCUGACUUCCAGCAGCCUCUUCCCAGCUUAAGGCAUCAGGACUCCUAGGUCGAGUGGGGCUGUCAGCAGACCAUCUGCUUCUCAGAAUCUCCGUCCGAGACAAGAGAAGUCUCCCUGUUUACUUCCACCCCUCUGAGGAAAGGGGGCCACUGUGGCCCAGCUGGGAUCCAUGCAGCCACGUCCUCCGGGACUCCUUUGCCUAAUAGCACAGACCAAACUGCAUCCACUUCACGGUCACAUCCUGACUGAGGCAACUGACAACAGCAAGGACCUCAGUGCCCCCGUGGUUGUUCAAUGCAUUAUUUAGCAAAAAAAAAAAAAUCAAUUUUUUAACAUCACAAACAGCAAAUUAAGACCUGGGUCAGGUUUGUAAAUUUAAAAUGUGUUUGCUAGUUUGGGUCACAUAUGAAGCCUUCCAUGUUUUCCCCAGAGGAGGUGACACACCGGCUUCCUACCCCCUGCCCUCCCCCGGCACCCAGCACCUAAAGUCUGUUCUGUAAUGAACAGUCCAGAACCACGCCAGCCGGUGCACGGACGAGCGCCCCAUCACCCCUGCCUCCUGGGACGAGCGGGGAGCUGCGGGGCCAUGGGCAUGUGGGCCACCAAGUCCCCAGACCCUGAAGACAAGUGAUUUCAAGGUAAAAUCAUUCACUUUGGGGAAAUGUCUUUUCAUUUUAAAGGCACAGAUGGCCUGGUCCUUUUUUCAGGCCUAAAAAAGAAUGUACCUCACAUAAGAUGGAUACCACUCAGAACCCUUUUUGGUAAGAUCACGGUAUUCGAAUUUGAGUAUCACUAUUUUUUCUACACUGUAUGGUAAAAAGAACUAUGUUAAUGGCUAUAUCUUAAAUACUGUGAUUUUUUUUAAAUCCUAAUAUAAAUAUUUUACUAACUUACAAUCAUGCAUCUAAUAGCAGACACUUGGAUUCCCCUGAAAUCAGUGUUAGUUGACAUGCACUCUUAGCAGCCCAGCUCCUGGACCUGUGGAAACAGAGGAAGCUGAACUACCACAGCUGAAACACAGCUGCGCACACACACGCACACACGCUCGGCAGGGCUCCUCCUCUCGGAGCCCUUGUGUGUGAAGUCUGCGCGCUUCACAUACAAGACGACAAGCACGUGUCUCUCUGCCAUUCCCACCAGCAAGGCUGCCUCAGGCCGGGUUAGCAGUCAGUGACCCUGCACAGCAGGGUCUCGCCCAAGGCCGUGAACUAUUCCUAUGUAGUGAGUAGCUGUCUGCUCUUCAGGGAAUUACCUCCUGUGGGAUUUUACCAAAGAACUUUGCAAUUUGAAAUACUCUGCUGGGUCCCUGGCAGCCCCCAGAUGGCCCAACCCAGAGCAUAAAGCAGAAGCCACAGACCCUCGUGAGUCCCCCAUACGUUGUUUUCUGUAUCUUGGCAAAUUUCUUCUUGAUAUCUGUCUGUACUGCCCACCGGGACCUGUGGGGCUCAUGCCGAAACUCGAGGGGGGAGCCUUGCCAGACACAGGGCAGGACAGCGCAGGCUUCCAAAGCCAGGACUGAGCCUGGUUUCUUGGUGUGUUCAUCGUCACUGUUCUCGGGUGCCUUAUACUCUCAAAGUACUUAGGGGCUGACAGACCCUUUGUAUUUUAUACUAAACAGGAGAAUUCCAAAGCAGAUCUUCCCUGGGCAUGAUGGCAGGGCACCCAGGGCGGCAGGAAGCCGCGUGUGUGGAGAGGAGCAAAUGGGAUCUUGUAGUCACUUUAUGGUUAGCGGUUCCAGGCAAUUAGAAAAUGGCUAUAAAAUAACUUUGAUUUUUUAAAAAUCUUGGGUGUUACCCAGUUUCCCUUUACGAGAUUGAACUGAUCACACAUAUUGAUUUAUAUCCUGAAUUUAUGGGAACUUAUGUGUUUGGAAUGUCCUACUGUAAGACUGAUGAAUGUAAAGAGUUAAUUUCAGGGUACAGUUUUGCCUUAAUGGUUUUAAAAAAUAAACUAUUUUUAAAAAU